AUGGAGUAUCAAAAUACAGGUGUUGAAAGUGCCUGUAAGAGCGAACACGGACCUGAUGAGAAGAAGGGGUUCAGAGCCAGGUUCGGUCGCGGCCCAGGCGUUUCAGUUUUGGGAUGGCCAUCCAAGGGCGGCGUAUAUGUGUUAGAACAAUGCUUCGCUGUCGAACUUGAUUUUCUACAGCUGGACCGAUUUCAAGAUACGCCCCCAUCAUCUCUCACUGGUUUCGAUGCCGAUAUUGAAGAAGAGGCGCAUUGCAAUAGGAUGCGGCAACUAGGUGCUACCUGGUGGAGGAGUGAAUUCCAUUGGAAAAUGGGGCUGAUUACCGAGUCCGUUUACCCGAAUCUGGAUAUCACUUUUAUCAAAAUUGGAUGGCCUGCUGGAGGUGGAGUCUGGGUUCUCAACAUAACAGACGAUGAGGCUUUCCAUAGAGGUGCUGGUAUAAUCUACAACGCUUAUGACAUGGAAGAGCGGUGCAGAAUGAUCAAGCAACUAGGAGGUGUCUUCUACGAAAAUCCGAAAGAUUGGCUAGAUUUAGAUCUGCCUUGA